CAUCAUCGCUCGUACAAUGCGAAAAGGGAAGUUAGAGAGAGAGAGAGAGAGAGAGAGAGAGAGACCUAACGUUACAGCUGGCUGUGUAGCUACUCGAUCACACAAAGUGAGCCAGCAUAAUAUCAUUAAUCCCGGAGAGAGAGAGAGAGAGAGACAGCGCUCACAGUUUGAAGCUUCCUCCUGUUUUCCUGGAGGUGGUGGUAUUUCCGACAGCACAUCAGCGUCCAGAGGAAGAGACCGGACAGUGUGACAUGGCAAGUAGAGGCGGAGCUACGCGACCCAAUGGGCCAAACGCCGGCAACAAGAUCUGCCAGUUCAAACUUGUGCUUUUAGGAGAGUCGGCCGUGGGGAAGUCAAGUCUUGUUCUUCGUUUUGUCAAGGGCCAGUUUCACGAAUUCCAAGAGAGCACAAUCGGAGCUGCUUUUCUGACUCAGACGGUAUGUUUGGACGACACAACAGUCAAGUUUGAAAUCUGGGACACAGCUGGUCAGGAGCGCUACCACAGUCUGGCUCCCAUGUACUACAGAGGUGCCCAGGCAGCCAUUGUGGUGUAUGACAUAACAAAUGAGGAGUCAUUUGUACGGGCGAAGAACUGGGUUAAAGAGCUUCAGAGACAAGCCAGUCCAAAUAUUGUAAUAGCUCUGGCUGGGAACAAGGCUGAUCUCGCAAACAAGAGAGCACUGGACUUCCAGGACGCACAGUCGUACGCAGAUGAUAACAGCUUGCUUUUUAUGGAAACAUCAGCAAAGACCUCUAUGAACGUGAACGAGAUAUUCAUGGCCAUUGCAAAGAAGCUACCCAAGAACGAGCCUCAGGCGGCCGGAGCGAACAGCGGACGGAACCGGGGAGUGGACCUGACAGAGACGCCUCAGCCCAGCAGCCGUCCCUGCUGCAGUAACUAACCCCAGCUCUUCCUGCUCAUCCUCCCCCCUAUACACACAUACACACACCUACACAUACCCCCCCUACACACACACACAAACCUUUCACCUGAACAACAUCUGGACAUCGGGCUCCUCGGCUUCUUGACAUCAGACCUGACCGUCAACCUCACUCCCCCCUGGAAUAGCUAAAAGACUCUGUAUAGCUGCAUUUCUAAUACCUUUUUUUUUUUUGGUUUAUGUUUUUUUUUUUUUUUUUAACUUUUUUUAAGAAGUGUAUAUCAGUAUAAUGGAUGCAUGUAUCACUACAACGCCUAAAAAACAAAAACAAAAAAAACACAUUUUUAUCUUAUUCAGUUGGAAGACUAACCCCAUUUAAGUAAGAUGAGCGAGAGAGAGCGAGAAACCUGUGAACGUGUGAUUGUGUCGUUUGUGAAUUUCCACGUGUGAUUUGCUGAUGAUGAGAAGGUGUAGCCUCAUUUGUCACUUCACAGGGUCGACUGGAUGCGAAUGAUGUUGCCUGUAAUACUGUAAUUUUUUUUUUGUCUGUUUUUCUUUUCUUUGCGGAUUAAGUUAUGCUCACAAUCAGAAGAAGAAAAACCAAAAUUGUUCCCAUCUCGAGAUGCCUGGCUUCUCAGACUCUCUGUUGCGAGGCAUCGACGUAUUGAGAUAGUGCCAGGAAAAGACUUGUGCAGGAACCUAGAAUCUGUCCCUCCACACACAUCUGUUACGAAAGAAGACAUCUUCAUCCAAGGCUCUUAAUGGAAAGUGCGGAAAAUAAAUUUGGUACUGUCCAGUCUUUGGAAAACACAAAAAAUGUCUUUUUUUUUUUUUUUUUGAGAGUAUAGAAGACAAAAACCCAUCGAUACACAUCUGGCUUCCCAUUAUGUGCAACCAUCUGUAGAGCGAUAUGAGCUUGUCACUUUGCCAUACAUCACAUUGAACAAGUUUUUUGGAAGUGCGGGAACAUCAGGAACCGACAGCUUCGGGGGCCGGCGUGACAGGAUUUUAAAAUUCGGCUUUUUGCUAUUUAAGAAAUACUUUUCAAGUUUGCGGCAUCAAGUGCACCACAGAGGUCUUGUGUUAAAUUUUUGACACAUGGAAGUGAAAAUCAACGGGAAACUUGAAGACUGUCGAACAUCCUGCUUUGUGAGUUGUCUUGCAAAGACUUCAAACAUACGACUUAGUUCUCUGUCAAACUCUUGUCUUUGUUAAUCCGCUCCGCUUUCUGUUCAGGCCAGUAGUCAGCCUACAUCAAUUUGGGUCAAUCAAAGUUGGGGGAUUGUUUUUUUGUUUUUUUAGAAUAGAGUUCAGACGGCACACAAACAGAAAAUUGGACUACUACCCAUUGUCACGAGUCUGUGGAAAAAAAAUAUACUCUAAUGUUGUUAUAGGGUGCAAUGUUGUCUUCUUCCUCCUUUAGUACAGCUUGCAGAGCUCACCAGAAAAUUAUCUAGAGAUUCCGAACAAUUGUACAGUUCAACCUAGGUCUGCUUUUUAUCUUUAUUUUUUAAAUUUUCAUCCUAGACCUUGUCACAAACUGGUCAAAUGUUAAGCAGUGGUGGUCUUUUUAGGUAUAUGUAGUGUUAUUAACAAAAUCCCUCUCUGGUGUCUUGUUACUUUUCUCAGAAAUGGUCCAUGGUCAUGUUUGAAAGGAACUUUUAUUGCAUUGCACAGUGUUGAUCAUGUUUUAAUUAAUGACUGCCCUUCAAUUUUAUAUGACGGACUGUAUUGGACUUGCUAACCUACGGCUAUAAGCAGGUAGCAUAAUUAACCUUACUGGUGGUCUCUCAUACAGCUCAAUGAAUUUUAAUGAUGUAAAACAGCAUUACUAGUGAUGGGCUGAUCAGUUUUGAGUGUCUGAAUACAACUUAAUAAAUUCAAUAAAGAGGUCUCUUGUA